ACAUUCUUUCCUCCAAAUAACAUAUUUUCAAUAUGGCAUACCAAAACCCUCCUUCAAUUCAAACCUCAGAUGUUGAAGCUCCUGAAAUCACUCCAACAGCUCAAACAAACCAUUCACAAGAAACUAAAAGUUUCACAGCCAAAUAUGCAGUUCACAAAGUGAAACAAAACUUGAUUUUUCGUUCGAAAUGGGCUGAAAUUAAUGGUGCCAUGGGUGACCUUGGCACCUAUAUACCUAUAGUGCUUGCUCUCACUCUAGCUAAGGACCUUAACCUUGGCACCACAUUGAUUUUCAAUGGUAUCUACAACAUCAUAACCGGUGUCAUUUAUGGGAUCCCUAUGCCAGUCCAACCGAUGAAGUCCAUCGCGGCUCAGGCCUUAUCAGACAAAGAUUUCGGAAUACCGGAGAUCAUGACUGCUGGAAUCUUAACCGGCGGCACGUUGUUCAUACUUGGGAUCACAGGAUUAAUGCAGCUAGUGUACAAAAUAAUUCCUUUAUCAGUUGUGAGAGGAAUUCAAUUAGCACAAGGUUUGUCAUUUGCUUUAACAGCUGUUAAAUAUGUAAGAAAAGUGCAAGAUCUUCCAAAGUCUAAAUCUUUAGGCCAAAGACCUUGGUUUGGUUUAGAUGGAUUGGUUCUAGCUAUUGUUUGUGCUUGUUUCAUUGUGAUAGUGAAUGGAGCUGGCGAAAAAAAUCGCGGCUGUUGCGGUGAUCCACAAAGUGAUAAUUUAGAUGGCCAAACCCAAAAGAGUGAUAAUGAUAAUCAAAGUGGAAGAAAAAGUAAAAUCAAUAGUUUGAGAAAAAUUGUUUUUUCACUUCCUUCUGCUUUAUUAGUCUUUGUGUUGGGAAUUGUCUUGGUGUUUAUAAGAAAGCAUGAAGUUAUACAUGAAAUUAAAUUUGGACCCUCUUCAAUAGAAGUAGUGAAAUUCACUAAACAUGCAUGGAAGAAAGGUUUUAUCAAAGGUGCAAUUCCUCAACUUCCAUUAUCAAUUUUGAACUCUGUGAUAGCUGUUUGUAAAUUAUCAACAGAUCUUUUUCCUGAAAAGGAAUUUUCAGUUACAUCAAUUUCAGUUACAGUUGGAUUAAUGAAUUUAGUUGGUUCAUGGUUUGGUGCUAUGCCAACAUGUCAUGGUGCUGGUGGAUUAGCAGGACAGUAUAAAUUUGGUGGACGGAGUGGAGGAUGUGUGGCACUUCUUGGUGUUGCAAAAUUGGUAUUAGGAUUGGUUUUAGGUACUUCUUUGGCACAUAUAUUGAAGAUGUUUCCUGUUGGAAUAUUAGGAGUGUUACUUUUGUUUGCUGGUAUUGAAUUAGCUAUGUGUGCUAGAGAUAUGAAUAGUAAAGAAGAUUCAUUUGUUGCACUUAUUUGUACUGCUGUUUCAUUGGUUGGAUCAAGUGCUGCUCUUGGAUUUUUGGUUGGAAUGAUUGUUUAUGUCAUUCUUAAGUUAAGGAAUUGGACAACUGAUAAACCACUUUCUACUAUUUGGAACCAGAAAAGUCCAAAUUAAACAUGAGAAAAUCAGUUUAUUUAUGUGUGUGUAUAUAUAUUUUUUUGUUUUCACCACCAGUAUUCGGUCCACUGGACCCCCUAAUCUGGUUCAUGGUUAGUUCUGACAUCAAGUGGUUCCAGGACCCUCUCGAUCGUAGUUGCGGGGGUCAAACUGUGGUAUGUUUUUAGUACAAAUAAGUUAGUGUGUAUAUUUUUAUAAUAUGUUGAUUUUCUGUGAAGUUUGAGUGUUUUUGUUUUUCUAUGUUGUUAAGUGAGGAAUUGUAGGGGUUCUAGUUAUAGGACUCUUUAUAUUGUAAUUGUAAAAAGGGUAGAGCAUAUAGAGUUAGUAGAAACUUCAGUUGUUACUGGCUUUUGCUCAUUGUAACUUAGGUAUGCUAUCGCAUACCUAAUGUUUAUACUCUCAAUAAUAAUACAAAGAAUUUGAUUU